AUGACUUAUUCCCUCAAAGCCAGACUUGCGACGCUUUUUGUCGUUCUGACCCUUGGGACCGCUCAAGACGCUACUACUAGGACUGGAGGUCUCGGAGUGCCAUGUGGUGAUCUAGCUAGCUUGCCUCCUUGUGCUGUUGGCCUCGUUUGUUGCUUUUACGAGCCUCUCUAUGGAUUGAUUAAAGGUGCAGGAUUCGUUGCGACAAUGGCAAUCCUAUGUGAGGAUUAA